CACCGUUCAUCUGACAGCACUUCCUGGAGUGAUGUUUGUUGUGGGAAAUAAGCACUGUGCUUUCCGAUUGGGACUGGGCCCACGUUAGCGGAACAAGGACAAAAGAGACACCUUUCUCUCUCAUGUGGAGAUGCGGCAGCUUUCUGCAGGGGCCAGAUAAGUCACAGGGAAGGACUGGGACCAGGACGAAGAGGGGAUCAUUUGUCGGAUAGCUGAGCAGCAGAAACGCCGACACACAGCACGGAGCUGUCGCGAUGCGGUAGCUAAAACAUGGACAGCAGAGUCAAGGAGCACCCAGAGAGAACAUUUGAUCUGGUAGUGCAUGUGGCAUCUCCAGCAACUCAAAAUGGUGAUCCAACCGUGCUGUGGAGCUUCCCCCAGGACUACAUCGACCAGGAGGUGCUUCAGACGAUACCAAAGUUCUGCUUUCCCUUUGACAUGGAAAGACUUUCCCAGAGUCAUGUUGGACAGAACUUCACCUUUGUGCUGACCGACAUUGAUGGCAAGCAGAGGUUCGGGUUCUGUCGUCUUACUCAAGGAUGCAGAGUCUGCAUAUGUCUUCUCAGUUACCUUCCGUGGUUUGAGAUCUACUACAAGCUGUUGAACACCCUUGCAGACUAUCUAACAAGACAACAGAAUAAUGACUUGAAUGACAUGCUGAAUUCUCUGUACGAUCUUCCUGUGCCAAAGCCCUUCACGCCAGUCAACUUGAGUGUGAAUGAGCAGUUGUAUAUUGCCACUGGGCAAGUACUGAGAGAUCAGCGAAGCAAGGAACCGCACUCCUACUUCAUCGCCCCGGAUAUCAAUGGACUGCCAACUAUCCCAGAGAGUAGAAACCUGACAGAAUACUUUGUGGCUGUGGAUGUCAACAACAUGCUGCAACUCUACGGCAGUAUGCUUCACGAGCGGCGCAUCAUCAUUACCUCAAGCAAGCUGAGCACUUUAACCGCGUGUGUCCACGGUGCAGCUGCUUUGCUGUUUCCAAUGUACUGGCAGCAUAUCUUCAUUCCUGUGCUGCCUCCGCAUCUUCUGGACUACUGCUGUGCCCCCAUGCCAUACUUUGUGGGAGUUCAUCUUAGUCUGCUGGAGAGAGUGCGCAGUCGGUCCCUAGAGGACGUGAUCAUCCUGAACGUGGACACCAACACACUGGAGAGUCCCUUUGAUGAUCUGCAUAACCUUCCCAGUGAUGUGGUGUCCUCUUUGAAGAGCAAGCUCAAGAAGCAGUCAACAGCAACAGGGAGUGGCGUGGCACGGGCCUUCCUGAGAGCGCAGGCCGCUCUGUUUGGCUCCUACCGGGACGCCCUCCGAUAUAAACCUGGGGAGCCAAUAACAUUCUGCGAGGAGAGUUUUGUCAGCCAUCGCUCAAGCACGAUGAGAAACUUUUUGUCCAUGGCGGUCAACCUGCAGCUCUUCAAACAGUUCAUCGACGGACGACUGGCCAAAUUGAACGCAGGCCGCGGCUUCACCGACGUGUUUGAAGAAGAGAUCACAGAGGGGGGCUUUUGUGGAAGUAACGCAAAGUCCUACCAGCAGUGGAUGCACACCGUCAAGAGGGGAGGAGCGCUCAUCAACACGGCAGUGACAAAGGCCAAAAGUCAUGCCAAGAGGGGGAUCCGAGACAUUAAAGGACGACUUAAACCACGGGAGGAAGAGGAGGAAGGGAUGACAGUCUGUGCAGGUUCCCCCACUAGUACCAAGAGCCUGUCUCCAAGGCGACUGCAAAGAAUGAGACGGCAAAACUUCAACAAGUCUCCCAUGAGCAAGGGCCCUCCAGAGCUUGGCCUCGGGCUCGAUGAUGAUGAGCUGGACAGCGCUAGCAAGAUCUCAUCAGAGGACAGUGGUGAUGUGCUGUCAUACGCGGAGGACAGCGAUGACUGCUACUCUUUGGAGUUGGACAUGGACUCCUCGCAGUCAGGCAAGAUGAACCUGCUGGAGGAAAUCCUGGACUCUCUGAACACCAGCACGAUGGAGCAAGGCAGGCUCAGUGCAGCCAAGAGCCUGGACUUCUUCAGGUCCAUGGAGGACCUGGACUACGCCCCGAGUAAAUUUAACUCCGCGGGUGACUGUCAGCCGUCAGAGGAAAGGGAUUGUGACGAAGUGGGGGAUCAGGGGGGCUGGAACAUGGGUCAGGAUGACAGCGCAGUCCACGGGAAGCACCUGCCGCCGUCCCCACGCAGAAAGCCUGCCAAGAGCAGCCUAAAAAAUACCCCUGUGCCCCCUGUGCUCGUAACAGAUGAGCAGCCCGGUCCGCGUCCUCUACCUCCAAGGAGACAAGCAGGAGAGUGCUUCUCCUAUAUUCUGUCAACAUCUCAACAAGUUACGGCCACAACGCCAUCUCCAACUUUGUCCCACGCUGCUUCAAUUCCCAACUAUUCUCCAGUGUCGGCGCCCCGCACCCGGACCAUUUCUGAGCCCCCGGCGAGCACCGAGCCCCCUCCCGCCCAGAACCCGACAGGCUCCACCGGCAUCUUGAGGAGGAAAGUGCUCUCCAAGGAGACGGUGAGGCACUACAAGGAGAAAUCUCUGCACAGGCAGGCAAGCAAGGAGAGCAGGGCCAGGAAUAGCCAGCCGGUGCAGGUCCCCUGGGAGAAGGACUACACGGAGGGACUGCCGAGUCUGGGUCACGCCAAAGGCUUGGGGGCGGCGAUGCAGGAUCGAGGCCUCCUGGAGGAGAUCGAGUCCAUGUGCUGCGUCGGGCCGGUGCUUCACAGCGGCCUGCAGCUCUCGCAGGUGCACUGCAACAGCAAAAGCCGCGGAGCACUCGUAACGUUCGAGGCACAGAAUCGCCGUGUCAACAGCAGGAAGACUGAGUGAGAAAUGCACAGUCCUGCAGGUGAAGCCUGUGGGAACAAAACAGAAAAAGCUGUUGGACAGGGACAAGGUCUUCCCCAGGGAGUGAUUUCUAUAACCGAUGCAAGAUGUCGAAACAUGUAGCAAUACACUCUACAGGUGCAUCUCAAUAAAAUACAGAAUUGUGAAAAACUGCAUUUAUUUCAAUAGUUUCACAUAUAAUGUAGAUUCACAACACCCAGUGAGAUAUUUCCUGAUUCAUAAUGUUCAUGGUUUUACAUUACGGUUAACAAAAAGCCAAGUCUCGAAAAUUUCGAAUACAGUGAGCACCUGCGUAUUUGUUUUUUGCCAUUCACAAAUUUAACUCAUAACAGAUUUUUUUUUUCUUUACUGUGGAACUAAUCUCCUUUUCGCCACCAAAAAGCUUAUCUUGUGCUUCAGCCAAAGCAUUAAAAGCUUUACUUUGGCACCAUCUUGUGGCAUUUUGCUGCUAAGGCUCUAUGUUGUUGUGAGUUGAGGAGUUUAAUUUUCACAGAAAUAUUUCUUAGCCGCCGUCUUGUGGCAUUGACUAGCAAUUUCAGGCCUUUUUGGAGGGUCUUCACACAGAUUUUCACUAUUUGCGGCGGGGCACGUAUGCUUUCCUGGGCAAAUAGCAGCUGUGUGCCCUGGACGACAAAAGAAACACUCCAAAUCAUUUUUACAUGUGGAAAUUAGGUGGCAUUUCCCUGUGUGUUAGUUAUAUCUACAAAAAUUGACCUACUGAGGAAAACAAAAACAUUUCCACCAAAUUGGAAUUCAUUGAGAUGCACCUGUAUAUCUGCCGAAGUAUUGGAGUGGCAUU